AACGUGAUCGAAGUUUUGAUGUUGCAGCUAGGUAGAGAAAAAUAAUCAUUUCUGAUCAAAACAAAACAAACCCGAUCGAAAAACGUUUUGUUUUGAUGAAGUUAUGGGACUUUUACUGAAAGCACCAUCACAUAGACCGAAUCCACGGUUGAUUUUUCUUUUUUGUGAAGCACAUUUCUAAGCCUAUAAGUUUCUUACUAGAUGAGCUAACGGGGUCAAAUCAAUCAUCAUUUUGUAGAGCGUUUUUUACUGCAUCUUUUCUUCAUAGAGACAAAUUUACAACCACUUGUUUCACUAUAGAAAAAUUUAUUAUUCAAAUCGAGUCAGGACUUCUGGUCCACCCUUUAACCCAAAAAAGCGAGUUGUUUUUGCAUGGACUGUUGGUUUAUAUGACCGCAAUAUUAUAAUGUUUUCUUUAUUGAUAACCUUGAAAAUUGUUUUUUUUCCAGCGCAGAACCGAACUUUUAUCACGAUGAUAUAGCGCAAAGUAACAACACCAAGUAUGUACUCUGAUACAAGAUAUUGUUCCAGGACAAAAAAAUAUAUAUCUUUUUAUCACAAUAAGUGUGCAUUUUUUAUGAUCGCAAGGUGAAUAGUUUCCCACAAUAUUAUGUUCGAGAAUAAUAACGAAGAAAAAGAAAUUAUAUAUAAUGUAAAUCGAGUCCAUUUCUAAACUGCUUUAGUCGUAACAUUUUUCCACUUACAAUCAAUCAUGUUGAAAUUAGUGCUCAUUUCGUUAUUUAUUGGACCAUUAGUAGCUGUUCAACUUGCCCUUUAUCCCACUGUUGCACAUAUACGACGUGAAACGCAACUAAAUGGAAAUGAAUUUAGAACAACAUUUUCAAAUGAUGAUUAUUCUAGUAUUGUACCAGAAACAAUAACAAUUGAAGGGAAAGACUCAAUUGAAACUGAUAUUUAUGGUAGUACAGAUGAUUUAAACAAUCAACUUGUUUUGGUAAACAAUAAAGAUUCAUGUAAUUGUAAUGAGAUUAUGGCAAAAGUUAUUGAUUCAAAUACAUGGCUAUUACAAGAUAUUAAAACAAAUCGAUAUUUUUAUGCCGAUAAAUCUCGUAUACAGUUUUUAAAUAAACCAGAAACAGAAGGAACAACUUUUGUUGCACGUUUUACUGAGAGUACAACAAUAUUAGCCAAUUUAUCUUAUUUGACAUAUGGAAUUUCAUGGAAUCCAAGUUAUUUUGUAACUGUGUCUAAUGACAAUGAAGGAACAUUGAAAGCAUACGCAAAUAUCAAGAACGGUCACGGACAAAAGUUUGAAGUCGAGCAAACAAGUUUAAUUUGGGGUAAUGUUCCACUUGGUGGAAGUCAUAUGGAUAAAAGACCUUUAUUUGAAGCAGCGCAUUUAAGCACGAUAACAAAUACUGGUGAAAUAAAUGGAUUACAUACUUACAAACUUGAUGGAGGUUAUACAUUGUAUGCAAAAAGUGUAAAAACAAUUCCAUUUGUAGAUGUCAAAAUUAAACUUUCUUAUCAAGUUAAAGCAGCCGCCUAUUUGUCAAGUGGUGCAUCAGAAGGAGUUUAUCAACGUUAUUAUGAAAUAACACCAGAUCAGUAUUUGCCUAAUGGUAUGGUUAGUUUCCAUCAAAAUGGUCUCUUUCUAGGACAAAGCAGUUUGGCAAAUUCCCCACAAAACGUCACACAAGUUUUAACAUUAGGUAAUGAUGAAGAGGUACGAUACAAAGUUGAUGUCACUGUAACAAAACAUGUUGAGGAAAACGGUCAAGUUAAACAACAAAGUAGCGACGUUGUCGUAACACUGGACAACAAAAAAGACAAACCUGUUCGCACAACAUUUGUUAUAAAUGGUAGUGGAAAAAAUUUGGUAUUGAACACAAGUAACAACGAUGUAAAAAUAAAUAGUAAUAUAAUUUCAAUUCAAACAACAUUAGAACAAAAUGAACAACGAACAUAUAAGUUUUCUGUAGAAGAGAAUUUUUAA